AUGAGCGCUGAACUGGACGAUCUUGCAAAGGGAGGAGAGGAAUUUCAAGCAGAUCUGGUAGCUAUUCGAAAAGAAUGUGGGAACAAUAGAUGGCGAUGGUUGUGUUGUAAAACGCGCGUAGACUUACUUAAACGAAACAUUAAAUGGUGGAGAAGCUACAUAAGAAGACUAAGGAAAACUGAACACCGGGAAACUUCUGUGGCCAAGAAGAAAAUUGAGGGCUGCAGCAGUGCAUCGUUGAAUGUGUUCACGAAGGCAGUGAAUUCGUAUCAUCUCAUCGCUCGACGAUGCAUUGCUAAUCUACCUGUAGGAUCUUCGACCACUGCCCAACCGACUCUUGCCGAACCUACGAACACUGUUGCUGAUGGACAUACUGCGGCACCUGCCACCAUCGCAGCUCCGGAACCUACUGGUGCCGCUACCGUCACCACAGCUCCGGAAGCUACUGCUGCAACUGCAAUUACCGUAGCACCUGAACAUAUUGCAGCAUCUACCAUCACUGCAGCUGCGGAAGCUACUGCUCUAACUGCAAUUGCCAUAGCACCAGAACCUACUGCAGUACCUACCACUCCCGCAGCUCCAGAAGUUACUGCAGCAACUGAAAUUUCCGCAGCACUUUGGAUAGACAGCCUCAUCACCGGAACUCGAAAAUCUAUCUCAAGCUACCAAAGCAGUCUUGCAGAUAUCACCCGUUCUUUCAUAAAAGCUCACGAAGACAGAAUUGAAAGAAUAAGCGACUUGGCUGACGCUAGUCGUCAAAUACUUGCACCUAUUAUUGCGACUGCUGAAAGAAAGGGGAAAGAUGUAGAUAGCUGCGUGAAACCAUUGAACGAAAAAAACAAGCAGGAGCGAAUAAAAUGCAUAAAUGCAAUAGAGUUGUGCUUCAAUCAAAAUAUGCCCAAUUAUGCAAACAUUAUCGCUAAACUUGACGAUCUUGCAAAGGAAGGAGAAAAAUAUCAAGCAGAACUGGUAGCUAUUCGAAAAGAAUGUGAGAACAACAGAAGGCCACGGUUGUGUCUUAAUAGGCGCGUAGACCCACUUAAACUAAACGUUAAAUGGUGGAGAAGCCAUGUAGGAAGAAUAAGGAGAACUGAACACCGGGAAAGUUUGAUGACCAAGGAGAAAAUUGACCGCUGCAGUAGUCCAUCGUUGAAUGUGUUCCAGAAAGCACUGAAUACUCACAAACUCAUCGCUCGACGAUGCAUUGCUAAACUGCCUAUAGGAUAUUCGACCACUGCCCAACCGACUCUUGCCGAAACUACAACCACUGUUGCUGACGAACCUACUGCUGCACCUGCCACCAUCGCAGGUCCGGAACCUACUGCUGCCGCAACCACCACCACAGCUCCGGAAGCUACUGCUGUAACUGCAAUUGCCAUAGUACCAGAACCAACUUCAAUACCUACCACCAUCACAGCUCCAGAACCUACUGCUGUAGCUACCACCACUGCCGCUCCGGAACCUACUGCUGCAGAUACCACCACCUCAGUUCUGGAUCCUACUGUUGUACCUGCCACCACGGCAACUGCGGAAGCUACUGCUGCAACUGGAAUUGCCGUAGCACUGGAACCUACUGCAGCAACUAACACCACCGCAGCCCCGGCAGCUACCGCUGUACCUGCAAUUAACGCAGCACCGGAACCUACUGCUCCAUCUACCACCACGGUAGCUCCGGAAGCUACUGCUGCACCUGAAAUUACCGGAGCACCUGAACCUACUGCAGCACCUACCAUCACGGCAGCUGCAGAUGCUACUGCUGCACCUGCAAUUACCGCAGCACCUGAACCUACUGCAGCACCUACCACCGCUGUAGCUCCGGAAGAUACUGUUGCACCUGCAAUUACCGGAACUACGGAAGCUAUUGUUGCAUCUACCAUCAUGGCAGCUGAGGAAGCUACUGUUGCACCUGCAAUUACCGCAGCUCCGGAAGAUAUUGUUGCAUCUACCACCGUGGCAGCUGCGCGAGCUACUGCUGCACCUGAAAUUAGCGCAGCACCGGAACCUACUGCAGCACCUACCACCAGCGCAGCUCCGGAUGCUACUGCUCCACCUGCAAUUACCGCAGCACCUGAACCUAUUGCAGCACCUACCACCACUGUACCUCCGGAAGAUACUGUUGCACCUACAAUUACCGCAACUAUGGAAGCUAUUGUUGCAUCUACCACCAUGGCAGCUCCGGAAGCUACUGCUGCACCUGCAAUUACCGCGGCACCUGAACCUACGGCAGCACCUACCACCACUGCAGCUGCAGAUGCUACUGCUGCACCUGCAAUUACCCAAGCACCUGAAUCUACUGCAGCACCUACUACCACUGCAGCUCCGGAAGGUACUGCUGCACCUGCAGUUACCGCGGCACCUGUACCUACUGCAGCACCUACCACCACUGCAGCUGCGGAAGCUACUGUUGCACCUGCAAUUUUCGCAGCUCCGGAAAAUAUUGUUGCAUCUACCACUAUGGCAGCGCCGGAAGCUACUGCUGUACCUGCAAUUACCGCAGCACCUGAAUCUAUUGCAGCAUCUACUAUCACUGCAGCUGCGGAAGCUACGACUGCAACUACAAUUCCUGUAGCACCAGAACCUACUGCAAUACCUACCAUCACCGCAGCUCCGGAAGAUACUGUUGCACCUGCAAUUACCGCAACUACGGAAGCUAUUGUUGCAUCUACCACCGUGGCAGCUGCGGAAGCUACUGUUGCACCUGCAAUUACCGCAGCUCCGGAAGAUAUUGUUGCAUCUACCACCGUGGCAGCUGCGCGAGCUACUGCUGCACCUGAAAUUAGCGCAGCACCGGAACCUACUGCAGCACCUACCACCAGCGCAGCUCCGGAUGCUACUGCUCCACCUGCAAUUACCGCAGCACCUGAACCUAUUGCAGCACCUACCACCACUGUACCUCCGGAAGAUACUGUUGCACCUACAAUUACCGCAACUAUGGAAGCUAUUGUUGCAUCUACCACCAUGGCAGCUCCGGAAGCUACUGCUGCACCUGCAAUUACCGCGGCACCUGAACCUACGGCAGCACCUACCACCACUGCAGCUGCAGAUGCUACUGCUGCACCUGCAAUUACCCAAGCACCUGAAUCUACUGCAGCACCUACUACCACUGCAGCUCCGGAAGGUACUGCUGCACCUGCAGUUACCGCGGCACCUGUACCUACUGCAGCACCUACCACCACUGCAGCUCCGGAAGGUACUGCUGCACCUGCAGUUACCGCGGCACCUGUACCUACUGCAGCACCUACCACCACUGCAGCUCCGGAAGGUACUGCUGCACCUGCAGUUACCGCGGCACCUGUACCUACUGCAGCACCUACCACCACUGCAGCUCCGGAAGCUACUGCUGCACCUGCAAUUACCGCAGCACCGGAAGAUAUUGUUGCAUCUACCACCGUGACAGCUGCGGAAGCUACUGCUGCACCUGCAAUUACCCCAGCACCUGAACUUACGGCAGCACCUACUACCACUGCAGCUCCGGAAGCUACUGCUGCACCUGCAAUUACCGCAGCACCGGAAGAUAUUGUUGCAUCUACCACCAUGGCAGCUCUGGAAGCUACUGCUGCAACUGCAAUUACCGCAGCACCUGAAUCUAUUGCAGCAUCUACUACCACUGCAGCUGCGGAAGCUACGGCUGCAACUACAAUUCCUGUAGCACCAGCACCUACUGCAACACCUACCACCACCGCAGCUCCGGAAGCUACUGUUGCACCUGCAAUUACGGCAACUACGGAAGCCAUUGUUACAUCUACCACCGUGCUAGCUCCGGAAGCUACUGUUGCACCUGCAAUUACCGCAGCACCUGAAUCUAUUGCAGCAUCUACUACCACUGCAGCUGCGGAAGCUACGGCUGCAACUACAAUUCCUGUAGCACCAGAACCUACUGCAAUACCUACCAUCACCGCAGCUCCGGAAGAUACUGUGGCACCUGCAAUUACCGCAACUACGGAAGCCAUUGUUACAUCUACCACCGUGGCAGCUCCGGAAGCUACUGCUGCACCUGCAAUUACUGCAGCACCUGAACCUACUGCAGCACCUACCACCACUGCAGCUGCGGAAGCUACGGCUGCAACUACAAUUCCUGUAGCACCAGAACCUACUGCAAUACCUACCAUCACCGCAGCUCCGGAAGAUACUGUGGCACCUGCAAUUACCGCAACUACGGAAGCCAUUGUUGCAUCUACCACCGUGACAGCUGCGGAAGCUACUGCUGCACCUGCAAUUACACCAGCACCUGAACUUACUGCUGCACCUACUACCACUGCAGCUCCGGAAGCUACUGCUGCACCUGCAAUUACUGCAGCACCUGAACCUACUGCAGCACCUACCACCACUGCAGCUGCGGAAGCUACUGUUGCACCUGCAAUUUUCGCAACUACGGAAGCUAUUGUUGCAUCUACCACCGUGGCAGCUGCGGAAGCUACCGUUGCACCUGCAAUUACCGCAGCUCCGAAAGAUAUUGUUGCAUGUACCACCAUGGCAACUCUGGAAGCUACUGCUGCAACUGCAGUUACCGCAGCACCUGAACCUACUGCAGCACCUACCACCACCGCAGCUGCAGAUGCUACUGCUGCACCUGCAAUUACCGCAGCACCUGAAUCUACUGCAGCACCUACCACCACUGCAGCUGCGGAAACUACUGUUGCACCUGCAAUUACCGCAGCUCCGGAAGAUAUUGUUGCAUCUACCACCAUGGCAGCUCCGGAAGCUACUGCUGUACCUGCAAUCACCGCAGCACCUGCAUCUAUUGCAGCAGCUACUACCACUGCAGCUGGGGAAGCUACGGCUGCAACUACAAUUCCUGUAGCACCACAACCUACUGCAAUACCUACCACCACCGCAGCUCCGGAAGAUACUGUUGCACCUGCAAUUACCGCAGCACCGGAACCUACUGCAGCACCUACCACCAGCGCAGCUCCGGAUGCUACUGCUGCACCUGCAAUUACCGCAGCACCGGAACCUACUGCAGCACCUACCACCAGCGCAGCUCCGGAUGCUACUGCUGCACCUGCAAUUACCGCAGCACCGGAACCUACUGCAGCACCUACCACCACUGUAGCUCCGGAAGAUACUGUUGCACCUGCAAUUACCGCAGCUCCGGAAGAUAUUGUUGCACCUACCACCAGCGCAGCUCCGGAUGCUACUGCUGCACCUGCAAUUACCGCAGCACCUGAACCUAUUGCAGCACCUACCACCACUGUACCUCCGGAAGAUACUGUUGCACCUACAAUUACCGCAACUAUGGAAGCUAUUGUUGCAUCUACCACCAUGGCAGCUCCGGAAGCUACUGCUGCAACUGCAAUUACCGCACCACCUGAACCUACUACAGCACCUACCACCACUGCAGGUGCAGAUGCUACUGCUGCACUUGCAAUUACCCCAGAACCUGAACCUACUGUAGCAGCUACUACCACUGCAGCUCCGGAAGCUACUGCUGCACCUGCAAUUACCGCAGCACCUGAACCUACUGCAGCAGCUACCACCACUGGAGCUGCGGAAGCUACUGUUGCAUCUGCAAUUACCGCAGCUCCGGAAAAUAUUGUUGCAUUUACCACUGUGUCAGCUCCGGAAGCUACUGCUGUAUCUGCAAUUACUGCAGCACCUGAACCUAUUGCAGCAUCUACUACCACUGUAGCUGCGGAAGCUACGGGUGCAACUACAAUUCCUGUAGCACCAGAACCUACUGCAAUACCUACCACCACCGCAGCUCCGGAAGAUACUGUUGCACCUGCAAUUACCGCAACUACGGAAGCCAUUGUUGCAUCUACCACCGUGGCAGCUGCGGAAGCUACUGUUGCACCUGCAAUUACCGCAGCUCCGGAAGAUAUUGUUGCACCUACCACCAUGGCAGCUUCGGAAGCUACUGCUGUACCUGCAAUUACCGCAGCACCUGAAUCUAUUGCAGCAUCUACUACCACUGCAGCUGCGGAAGCUACGGCUGCAACUACAAUUCCUGUAGCACCAGAACCUACUGCAAUACCUACCACCACCGCAGCUCCGGAAGAUACUGUUGCACCUGCAAUUAGCGCAACUACGGAAGCCAUUGUUGCAUCUACCACCGUGGCAGCUGCGGAAACUACUGUUGCACCUGCAAUUACCGCAGCUCCGGAAGAUAUUGUUGCAUCUACCACCAUGGCAGCUCCGGAAGCUACUGCUGUACCUGCAAUCACCGCAGCACCUGCAUCUAUUGCAGCAGCUACUACCACUGCAGCUGGGGAAGCUACGGCUGCAACUACAAUUCCUGUAGCACCACAACCUACUGCAAUACCUACCACCACCGCAGCUCCGGAAGAUACUGUUGCACAUGCAAGUACCGCAACUACGGAAGCUAUUGUUACAUCUACCACCAUGGCAGCUCCGGAAGCUACUGCUGUACUUGCAAUUGCCGCAGCUCCUGAAUCUAUUGCAGCAUCUACUACCACUGCAGCUGCGGAAGCUACGGCUGCAACUACAAUUCCUGUAGCACCAGCACCUACUGCAAUACCUACCACCACCGCAGCUCCGGAAGAUACUGUUGCACCUGCAAUUACCGCAACUACGGAAGCUAUUGUUGCAUCUACCACCGUGGCAGCUGCGGAAGCUACUGUUGCACCUGCAAUUACCGCAGCUCCGGAAGAUAUUGUUGCACCUACCACCAUGGCAGCUCCGGAAGCUACUGCUGUACCUGCAAUUACCGCAGCACCUGAAUCUAUUGCAGCAUCUACUACCACUGCAGCUGCGGAAGCUACGGCUGCAACUACAAUUCCUGUAGCACCAGAACCUACUGCAAUACCUACCAUCACCGCAGCUCCGGAAGAUACUGUUGCACCUGCAAUUACCGCAACUACGGAAGCUAUUGUUGCAUCUACCACCAUGGCAGCUCCGGAAGCUACUGCUGCAACUGCAAUUACCGCACCACCUGAACCUACUACAGCACCUACCACCACUGCAGCUAUUGUUGCAUCUACCACCAUGGCAGCUGCGGAAGCUACUGUUGCACCUGCAAUUACCGCAGCUCCGGAAGAUAUUGUUGCAUCUACUACCAUGGCAGCUCCGGAUGCUACUGCUGCACCUGCAAUUACCGCAGCACCGGAACCUACUGCACCUACCACCACCGUAGCUCCGGAAGGUACUGCUGCACCUGCCAUUACCAUAGCAUCAGAACCUACUGCAGCACCUAGCACCACCGCAGCUCCGCAAGCUACUGUUGCAUCUACCACCAUGGCAGCUCCGGAAGCUACUGCUGCACCUGCAAUUACCGCAGCACUUGAACCUACUGCAGCACCUACCACCACUACAGCUGCGGAUGCUACUGCUGCACCUGCAAUUACCGCAGAACCUACUGCAGCACCUACCACCACUGCAGGUCCGGAAGCUUCUGCUGCAUCUGCAAUUACCGCAGCACCGGCACCUACUGCAGCACCUACUACCACUGCAGCUCCGAAUGCUACUGCUCCACCUGCAAUUACCGCAGCACCUGAACCUACUGCAGCACCUACCACCACUGUAGCUCUGGAAGAUACUGUUGCACCUGCAAUUACCGCAACUACGGAAGCUAUUGUUGCAUCUACCACCAUGGCAGCUGCGGAAGCUACUGUUGCACCUGCAAUUACCGCAGCUGCAGAAGAUAUUGCCUUGUAG